GUCUUUAAAGUCGCCAAGAAACUUCAUUCACACCUCAUACCCCAUAUUUUAAAUCAAUCCAUCAACCCCCAACCUCCAAAAAAAACCCCUGAAAAAACUUUAUAUAUAUAUAUACAUUUUUGAUUUGAAUUUUUUUUAAGAUGACAGACAGUAAAGGAAAAGUUUUACUAGCUUACUCUGGAGGAUUAGAUACGUCUUGUAUCUUAGCUUGGUUAAUCGAACAAGGUUAUGAAGUUGUUGCUUUUAUGGCUGAUGUGGGACAAGAAGAAGAUUUUGAAGCGGCUCGGUUAAAGGCUUUGAAAAUUGGUGCUACUAAAUUCGUUUUACAGGAUUUAAAACGAGAAUUUGUGACUGAACUAAUCACACCAGCAAUCCAAGCUAAUUGUAUCUACGAAGGAGUUUAUUUACUUGGAACAUCACUUGCUAGACCAGUAAUCGCACGAGGCAUGAUCGAAGCAGCCACGACUGAAGAAUGCGCUUUCGUUUCACAUGGUUGUACAGGAAAAGGCAACGAUCAAGUCAGAUUCGAAUUAUCAUUCUAUGCCUUAAGUCCUUCAAUCCAAGUGAUCGCACCAUGGCGUUUACCCGAGUUUUACAAUCGGUUUGCAGGACGUAAAGAUUUACUUGAAUUUGCUGCUCAAAAGCACAUACCAGUCUUUCAAACUUCUGCAAAACCUUGGUCAACGGAUGAAAAUCUACAUCAUAUUUCUUAUGAAGCUGGAAUUCUUGAAGAUCCUAAUAUCACACCUCCUCAAGAUAUGUGGAAACUUACUAAGUCUUUGAUGGAUGCUAGUCAACAUGGCGUUCAGAGUGUUGAUCUUAGUUUUAGGAAUGGGAUCACUUCUGAAUUAGUGGUGUACAAAGCUACUUCGGAUACUGAACAGAGUAGAAAGGAAGUUGUCAGUCGUCAUACUGAUCUGGUCGAGAUCUUUGUUCAACUUAAUUCAUUGGCUAGAUCACAUGGAAUUGGUCGAAUCGAUAUAGUCGAGAACCGAUUCAUCGGCGUAAAGUCCCGAGGAUGCUACGAAACGCCAGCAGGCACAAUCUUACGUAAAGCUCAUAUGGACUUAGAAGGCUUAACCUUAGAUGGAAAAGUAAGAUCCUUAAGGGAUGGAUUUUUGACGACUGAAUUGAGUAAGAUUCUUUAUAAUGGAUAUUGGUUUAGUCCUGAAAGGGAAUUCGUUCAAUCUUGUUUACAUGCUAGUCAGAAGAAUGUCAAUGGAAUGGUUAGACUGUCACUUUAUAAAGGUAAUGUUGUGGUUGAUGGUAGGGUUUCGGAUGAAGGACUUUAUGAUGCUAGGGAAAGUAGUAUGGAUGAGAUGGGUGGGUUUGAACCGACUGAUACUAGUGGGUUUAUUAAGAUUGAAUCGAUUCGAUUACGUAAAUGGGGAACUCAACGUGAAUCAGAAGGUAAAGGGGUGACUGCUGAUGAUGUUUACUUUAAGCAAUAGAUUUCUGAGAUUCUUUGUAGUCACUUUGUUUUGAUUUGAUUCAUGAUAUCUGAUUUUGACAUUGAUAGCCAAGAUAUCCAAAAGAGUUGUAGAGAGUGAUUUUGAAAAAGAAAGAGUUGUGUUCCUAGUCCU